CCGGGCGUCCCGCGAAAAAAAAAGGCCGUUCGGCAAACUCGGUGUCUCGUUGGAGUGUUGAAAAGGUCUGAGGAUUUAGGCUCUCAGUCUUCCCCCCUUCCCUGAGACCAUCAGAGAGAGAGCACAGACAGCAGAUUGUUAAUUUUUUGUUAUUAAUGUUAAAUGUCAGUAGUUAAUUAGUUGUUAAGAGGAAUAGGCGGGAGAAUUAGUUAAUGGGAUUAUAGGAUAAUCUUUCGUCACACAGUCUAUAAAGAAAGAAGGGGGUCUUGUUGCCUGUGUGGAUAAUCUUUCUUUGUGUAAUUUCAACACAAUUAAUUAAAUUCUCUGCUAUUAUUACUGUACUGAAUGAUCAUAUAUCGGUCGGUUAAAUUGAAACCCUCCUUUUGGUCAGCAAAUUUGAAUCUUGUGCGUUUCCGAUGCUCUGCGAGUUUGAAAAUAAAACCGUCAGCAAAUAUGGAAGCACCGAUUCUCACGCCGACGCAUAAAUACGCAGCGGGAGCUCUGUUCGCGCUGGCGCUUCACCAGUCUCAGAUACACCAAGCUCGGCCAUCAACUCCUCCUUUACCUUCUCUUGAAAAAGAGACCAUCAGCGAAGGUGUGAGCAUCGGCAAGACCGUCUCGGUUUCGGACAAUUCCGACCUUUGGAUCCACGAGAAUUCCGGUUUGAUUUAUCCCGUUUUCCGGUUUUUAGGAGUGGAUGAACAAUCCUGGAAGGGGAUAAAGGAAACUGCAGGAUCUUCGUCGCAAGUUAGGCAUCAUGUAGGAGCGGUGUGUUUUCUUCCUCUUAUGAAAUUCAGACACAUCAUUAUUCUAGUUGAUGACCUUACUAUCAGAGGGAACUAAUGAUGGGCCUUCUUCUGAAAAAACUGACAAGGAAUGCGCUUUGUCAAAAACCAUUGAUGCCAUGGCUCUUAGUGAGGAAGAGUCUCCUGUUCAUUCAGCAGAAAACCCUGUGGAUUCUGAAUAUGAAGCUAAAUGCCGCGAAAGAUAUGAAGUUCCUGAGACGAAACCAGUGUCUGAGGUUUCUGCAAAGCCUUAUGAGAUUAUAAAGAGGACAAGUUCUGAGUCAUCCACUGAAGAAAAAGUACCAGAUGUAUCUGAACCCCUUGAGGAACCGGUGGAAGAGGGAAAUCUGAUCAGUUACGAGAGGAAAGUAACUGUUCUUUUUGCACUUCUUUCAGCCUGUGUGGCAGAUAAUACUGAACAUGGCAAUAAAUGUUCCAAAGUAAGGAAGGGUUAUGAUGCUCGACACCGUGUGGCAUUGCGGUUGCUGGCAGCAUGGCUUGGGGUUGAGUGGCUUAAAAUGGAAGUUAUGGAGGUGAUGGUUGCUUGUUCUUAUAUGGCUUCAGUAAAAGAAGUUACUAAUGAAGACAAAACAAAAACUUCAGAAAUCUCAUGGGAGGAAAUGAAGCGGGGAGGUAUGAUUGGUGCAGCUGCUUUAACUGGAGGAACCUUGAUGGCUAUCACUGGAGGCCUAGCUGCUCCUGCAAUUGCGCAGGGAUUGGGUGCUCUAGCUCCUGCGUUAGGUGGUAUUAUCCCUGCAAUUGGAGCAAGUGGCUUCGCUGCUGCAGCAACUGCCACAGGGUCUGUUACUGGCUCUCUUGCUGUUGCUGCAUCAUUUGGAGCUGCUGGAGCUGGACUUACGGGGAACAAAAUGGCUAGAAGGACCGGCAGCAUUGAAGAAUUUGAGUUCAGAACAAUUGGAAAUUAUGAUCAAGGGCGGCUAGCAGUGGGAAUAUUGGUUUCUGGACUUGUUUUUGAGGAUGAAGAUUUUAUAAGGCCUUGGGAAGGUCAAAAUGAAAACUUGGAAAGGUAUGCCCUCUGGUGGGAGUCUAAGAAUUUGAUUGCAUUGAGCACUGCAAUCCAAGACUGGCUUACUUCAAGAAUUGCCUUAGAGUUGAUGAAAGAAGGUGCCAUGAUGACUGUAUUAAACACCCUUCUAGCAGCAUUUGCUAUGCCGGCAACAGUAGUUACAGCAUCUGAUCUUAUAGAUAGCAAAUGGGCAGUUGCAGUGGACAGAUCAGACAAAGCUGGGAAGAUGCUUGCUGAAGUGUUGUUGAAGGGACUGCAAGGAAACAGGCCUGUGACACUCAUAGGGUUCUCGCUGGGGGCCAGAGUAGUUUUCAAAUGUCUCCAAUGCUUGGCUGAAACAGAAGGGGAUAAUGCUGGUCUUGUAGAAAGGGUUGUUCUGCUUGGAGCACCAAUUUCAAUUGAAGAAGAAAACUGGACGGAUGCUAGAAAGAUGGUAGCCGGUAGAUUUGUGAAUGCUUAUUCUAUAAGUGACUGGACACUGGGAAUUGCCUUUCGUGCGAGAUUGCUACUGAUCUUAAAAGGCAUGAAUAUAAUUUUGAUUGGACUGAGGGUGUUUCCCUCGUACAGCUUACUUUCUCAAGGUUUAGGUGGAAUUCAACCUGUUGAUGUUCCUGGGAUUGAGAAUGUAGAUGUGACGCAAAUUGUUGAAGGCCAUUCUUCUUAUCUUUGGAAGACAAAACAGAUCUUGGAGCAGCUUGAACUUGACUCUUACUACCCUGUUUUCAGAACAACACUCAAACCCAAGGAAGAUAAUACUUGUGUAAAUUAGUAGUAUUUCUCAUUAUUUCAAAGUUUCUCUAACUAAGAAGCGUAACAAGUGCAAAGAGAAAGACAAGCUGAAGCUACUUGAGUUGAGAUCAUCUUUAUUAUUAGAAUUAAUUAAUUUAA